AUGGGGGCCUCCAAGGUAGGGCCCCGCUGGGUGUCCCUUUGUCUGCUGCAGCUGCUGCUGCUGCUGCUCCCUUUUGCUGCAGCAGCAGCCCCAGACUCCCCCGGUGGAGCCCCUUACUUUAGCCCCCGGGCCAAUCCCCUGGCGCUGCUGCGCCACCCCUCAUCAGCAGCAGACCCUCUACAGGGGCCCUCUGCGGCCUCCAGGGCCCUCAGCUGGGCCCCACUGCUUGAAGCACUUCAUGUGGGCCAGAAGGGGCUCCAUAUUACCCAUAAGGGGCCCCAAGAGGCCCAUGAGACGCCCCAAGGGACCCACAAGGGGCCCCAAGGGGCCCAAGAGGAGUCCCAAGAGGCUCACGAGGGGCCCCAAGAGGCGCAUGAGGGGCCCCAGGGGCCCCGCAAGGAGGCCCAAGAGGCCCAUGAGGGGCCACAGGGGGCCCACCGGGGGCCCCAGGGACCCCCGGAGGUGCGCCACAUAGCUCAGGAGGGGCCCCAAGUGAUGGUUCAGGGGCCCCCAGAGGCCCCGCUGGGCCCCCCAGUAUCUCCGGAGGGGCCCCCGGGGCCCGGGGGGCCCCUGCGAGGGGAAGGCAGCAGCCCUGAGGGGCCCCCAGACCCCGCUUUUGGGGGGAAUGGCCUGGGGGGGGACGCAGCAGCAGCAGCUGCUGGCUUAGAUGACUGGGGGGCUGCAGAAUGGGUGCAGCUGCUGAUGGAGGGCCAGCGCCUGCCGCUGACUGGCAAACUGGUGGGCAAGGUCACCCCCAGCCCCCCUGUGCUGCUGCGGCCGCAGGCAGCAGCCCAGCUGCAUGCAGCAGCUGCAGCAGCUGCUCAAAACGGGGGCUGCAGCGGGGCCCCCGAGCCGCCGGAAGCAGCAGCAGCAGCAGCUGCAGCUGCUGCAGCAGGGGGGGUGCAGCAGCCUGCACUACUCUCGGGAUUCGUGGGCCCUUAUGGGGGGGAGCAGCAGCUACUGGCCUGUAGAAGGCCCCCCCGGGAGGCCCCCAGCCGAGUCCAGCUGGUGGUCCACGUAGAAAUGCUGCAGCCUGGGGCCCCCGUCCUUUACGCCUUUCGCUGGGGCAAGCCAGCCACGUGGACGGAGUACGACUACAAGCUAGUGGUUCAGGAGGAAGGGGUCUACUCCCUGGAGCUGCGGGAGCCGCUGCUGUUCCCCGAGCACCGACGGCCCCAUUUGCUGCAUGCAGAGGGCCCCAGCGUGGGGGGCCCCACGUUUCUCCGGAAGAGCCUGGGGGCCCCCGGGGCCCCCGAGG